AUGGCACCUCUGAAAUUCGAAAAACUUGUUUGCGGUUCCUCUGUGGACCUUUUCAAGAAGGACUUCGCUCACGAGAACGCCUGGGAACUCGAACAGUCUGACGCACAGAAAGGGAGCAGCUUCGUCAAUAACAUCAAGCUCAGCAAGGAUAGCAGCAUACACGGUUCGACGCUCGCCAAGUGCAACAUCGGCCCUGCAAAUGUCGAAUUGAAGGUGCAAGUGGACGGCAAGCACUACCUGGAGCUCUCAGCAGCGCACUCCAAGUACACCCCGGUGACAUUCCACGCCAAGGGCGAGGCUGACGUGCCCAAGGGAAUUUACACGGGCGAAUUAGCCGCUGACCAUGUGCUCCCGGUACACUCAUGCCAGGUCAAGGUGAACCCGUUCGCCCGCGAUUACUCUGCCUUUUCCUUAACCAGACUCAAUUUGUGCUCCGGUCAACUGUUGGUUGGUACCGAGAUCACCGGGAGGAACUGCGCGUUCUUAUCCAAUUACACUUCCGCACUUGGUUACAAGAAGGAGCGCGAGGACAAGACCUACGCUGUCUCUGCCAGGCUUUUCGGAGCGAGGGGCUACGGUCUUACAUCACUGCUCGGAAACGUGUACGCUGGAAAGGCUCACGGAUCUGCGCAAAAUGCGUUCUCCGUGGCUCUUGAGCACAGCUUCAAGGACACCAACACCAAGCUCAGGUUCGCCGGACUGUGGCACAUCACGGAGCCCAACCACCCCAACCCUGCUUACGUCAAGGGCAAGUGCGACACUGACGGCAACUUCGCCGUCACCGUCUUCCAGAGGUUCAACAACACCGUCGCAGGCGCUCUUGGCGUGAGCUUCAAUGCCAAGGAGUCCUUGAGCCCGAGCAACGUUAACUACGGCUUGAAGAUGGUUGUUUCGUGA